GAGCUGAAGGAAAUCGAGGACGCCUCGCCGAGACGGAGCAAGAGGCACAGCUCGAUGAGCAGGUCGGCGCCGAGGGACGCGAGCGAAGCGAUUGAAAGCGCUCAGACUCCGACGAAGUGGGACAGGAGCGUGAGCAAAACGCGGGAGCUGAGAAUUUCGCUCGUCCCGAUCGACAAGUCGCAGAAAACUGAGAGCGCCGCGCCGAGUCCGCGCAGGAGGUCCCAUUCGAUUAAAAGACGAUCGCGAGUCGCCAGCGAAUCCGAAGGCGCGCAGACUCCGAGGAGGCAGAGCAAAGUUGCGAGUAAAGCGCAAGCGAAAGAGGACGAGCAGGCCGAGGAUGUCGAGCAGGAAAGAGGAUCGAACGCGUCACUGCUCGCGAGAGGAUCCGAGGCGCAAGCUGAAACGUCGUCGAGGAGCGCCAGAAAUAGCCAGGCGCGAGAGCAAACGAUCUCGCCGAUCGUCGCUAACGAGAAGAAGUCGCCUGCGCGAAGCGACAAGAGUUCCGUGUCUCGGAAAUUAUCGUUCGUCACGAACGACUCCGAGAAGGAGGAAUCUCCGUCGAAGCAGCACGCUCGGAGUGCGAGUCAGGAACACGAGCGGACAGUUUUGACCCCCGCGCGCGAGGAAGAACCGCGCGAAACUGAGACGACGUCUAGACGAAGCAACAGGUCCAGCAUAUUUAAAAGACUGCGCGUCUCGCGGGACUCCGACACGGAGGACGACGAACCUCCGCCCAAAAGGCUAACCGGAAGCACGAGUCACGCGCAGGAGCACAAGGUUUCGUGGAUAGUGGAAGCAAGCGAAUCUAGCGACGACGAGAACGCCGCGCCGAGUAUGAAACAGAGAUCCUUGUUCCUCUUCGACGAUUCCGAGUCGGACGACUCGCUCGUUGAAACAGAGAAGGAAGACGGC